AUAUUGGAGGGCUUUUAACCUCGCUCCAGAUUAGUGCUGCGAUCUAUGGGAUAAUUUAUCAACAUCGCUUCCGUAGCUUUCUUCAAAAAGUGUCAACUAAUCGUCCUGCACAAUGGAAGAAGUUUUAGAUAGAACAAUUGAGGAUUUCUCAGACCCUAAGAACUUGUUCACAGCCUCUGCAGGAGUUGAAGAAAAUGAUAGUCUUGAUCUAUACAGAAAGUACAAGAAACUUCAAAGGCAGUUGGAAUUUCUGGCUGUCCAGGAAGAAUAUAUUAAAGAUGAGCAAAGGAAUUUGAAGAAGGAAUAUUUACAUGCCAAAGAAGAAGUCAAGAGGAUACAAAGUGUUCCCUUGGUUAUUGGCCAAUUUUUAGAGGCGGUUGAUCAGAACACCGGUAUUGUAGGAAGUACAACAGGUUCAAAUUACUAUGUUCGUAUUUUAUCAACAAUCGAUCGUGAGCUGCUAAAACCCUCUGCCAGUGUAGCGCUUCACAAGCACAGUAAUGCUUUAGUUGAUAUCCUACCCCCAGAGGCUGACUCUUCUAUAUCUAUGCUUCAAGCAAAUGAGAAACCAGAUGUUCAGUAUGCUGAUAUCGGAGGCAUGGAUAUGCAAAAGCAAGAAAUUCGUGAGGCUGUAGAGCUGCCUCUCACUCACUUUGAACUUUACAAACAAAUUGGUAUCGAUCCACCUCGUGGUGUUCUCAUGUAUGGACCGCCUGGCUGUGGGAAAACUAUGUUAGCUAAAGCUGUUGCGCAUCACACAACAGCUGCAUUUAUUAGAGUAGUAGGUUCAGAAUUUGUGCAAAAGUAUCUAGGAGAAGGUCCCAGGAUGGUACGAGAUGUCUUUCGUCUAGCAAAGGAGAAUGCUCCAGCAAUUAUCUUCAUUGAUGAGAUUGAUGCUAUUGCAACCAAGCGAUUUGAUGCUCAAACUGGUGCUGACAGAGAGGUCCAGCGUAUUUUACUAGAAUUGUUGAAUCAAAUGGAUGGAUUUGAUCAGGCAACUAAUGUAAAGGUCAUCAUGGCAACCAAUCGAGCUGACACAUUAGAUCCUGCUUUAUUGCGUCCUGGUAGAUUAGAUCGUAAGAUCGAAUUUCCACUCCCUGAUCGUAGGCAAAAGCGACUUGUUUUCUCCACAAUCACAGCAAAAAUGAACUUGAGCGAUGAAGUUGAUCUAGAAGAUUAUGUAGCCAGGUCGGAUAAAAUUUCAGGAGCUGAUAUCAAUGCCAUUUGCCAAGAGGCUGGUAUGCAUGCUGUGAGAGAAAACAGAUACAUCGUUCUGCCUAAAGAUUUCGAGAAAGGUUACAAGAAUAAUAUCAAGAAGGAUGAAUCAGAGCAUGAAUUCUAUAAAUAAGUUACUGAUCUUUACUUUAAGCCUGUUUUGUAAAUUAUUGCUCCCCUACUGACCCAAUUUGUUUUUUUUCUCCCUAAUUUUGUAGGAUUAAUGUUCAUAGCUUUCAGUUUUUUAAUUCUUCCUCAUAUUGUGUUUUAAGAAAAAAUACUGUUUGUACUAUUUCUUGUAUUUUUGAUAAAAACUAUAAUUUCAAAAUGCACAUCCUUAUCUCUCUCUUAAA